AUGAGUAAUAUAUUGUGCAGCAUUUGUCACCGUCAGGAAUCCAAAUACAAAUGUCCUGCGUGUGGAGCUAAGACGUGUUCUCUUGAAUGCGUGAAGAGACAUAAGAAACAAACGGAAUGCACAGGAGAAGUGGAUACUACCAGAUUCGUAACUCGUGAUGAGCUUCGAGACGACAUAACACAUUUGAAUAGGGACUAUAAUUUUCUUACAAGAGUGGGUAGGGACAUACAGGUAAUGAAGAAUGACAUUCUGGGGGAUAAGAAGCAUUUACCCAAACGAUCUUUACAAGGUAAUUCUGGUCCACAAGUUAAGAGGUACCAAAACCAAGCAUCAAUGAAUGCUGAUCCGAGAGCCCAAUACGCUAGAAAACUAUACAAUGAUGCACCAAUGCUAACCAAAAGGCAAAAUACAUUAGUAAUCUCCGCUCCCCCGGUUUUGGAAAGAUCAAGAACCAACAAGUCUGGGUACGACAAGAAAGAGGGACAAUUCAAAUGGACCGUGGAAUGGAUAUUUUUGAAUAGUACCGGGGAGAGCAUACGACGGGUAUGCAGUAAUAGAUGUGGAGAACUGAUGCAUUUGAAGGAUAUCGUACCCGUACGGGCAUUACAAGAGUUUAAAGAUACCAAUUCUCUUAGCGAUGAAUUGCUAGUAUUCUAUUUACAUGAUGUUUUAAAUAAAACAAGGAGUACAUAUAUUCAAUUGGAUGCUGGUAUGACUCUCACAGAUGUUCUUAAAGACAAGGUUGUACUUGAAUAUCCCACAAUUUAUGUUACUUUCUCUGGCACUGAACUUAAGGGUGAAGUCACUCUGGGAGAUAAAGCAUAUGCAUUUGCAAGUAUUGGUGAACAAGAUCACAACGAUAAUAACAGUGGCUCCAGUAGUGAAAGUGAAAGUGAAAGUGAAAGUGAAAGUGAGAGUGAAAGCGAAAGUGAAACUGAAAAAGAAGAUUCGAGUGUUGAUAGUGACGACGAAUCAGAAAGCGACUCCAACACUCACUUAGAGUCAGAAACAAAGAUUGAUCCUACGAUCAAUAACGACACAACAACCCCGCAAGAAAUAAAAGAAGGUACUAAAGCUGAAAUUCAUAGUAAGAAUAAAUUUACUACCAGUUUGAAUGAGUAUCCGGACUCCGAAUCAGACUCUGAUGAAGCACCCCAAGAGAGGAAUCUUGAUCCUCAAGUUACAGAGCCCAUACUUUACGAACUCUUUAUACAAUUUGCACCAGUGAGGAAUCUAAACCUACCAAAGGACCGGAUUCUAAGAACACAUCAAGGAUAUGGAUUUGUUGAGUUUCGGAGUUCAGAGGACGUUGAAUAUGUGGUAAACAUUCUUAAGGGGAUCAGAUUAUACGGUAAGAACUUGGUGUUGAACAAAGUGGAAGGUAAAGAUAACGCGAAUGGUUCAACAUCUACACAUGGCAAUCCCAACUUGAUUCGAAUGGCCCAUAACAAAGGCAUAAGAAAUGCAUUUGGAAUUAAUUCGGAUAAACCUGAUGUUGGAGCCAAAUUGUUUGUGAAGGGAUUGAACCCUUUGAUCGACGAGAAGUAUUUAGUUGAUACGUUUUCAUCAUUUGGUACGCUCAUCAGAGUACCUGAAAUACUUCGUGCUAAGACAGGUGAAAGCAAUGGAUAUGCCAUAUUGACCUACGAAGACUUCGCACUGAGUGACCGUGUGAUAGAGAAGAUGAAUAAUAGGAUACUUAUGAACUCAAAGCUAGCUGUGGCGUAUGCCUACAAGGAUGGAACUGCCAGGAAGUUAAAGCAUGGUGAUAAAGCAGAACGGUUGCUUGCAGAGAAGGCUAGAACCAAUAAGACUAAUGCAAAGAAAAGAACUACUACAGGAUAG